GCAGCACGAACAACAAAGUCAGAACAGAGCAGAAAAAGACAGAAGAGGACAACGGCGUUGGCUUUGACUUUGUUUGUUUGUCUGCUGUGAGUUCGGGCUUUGAGUUGGGUUGGGCCGGGCUGGUCUAUACCGGUAUUUAUGUCAAAGAGAUUAAAUAUACCAAGCGUAUCAGUCACCAGGAAAAACUGGACCGAAGCGCGUCUCACAACCAAAGCGGUGCGUCAGUCAGCCGGAAGUGCGAGAAGAAAUAAGAGAAGCUAAAUAAGCAUUUGACGAUGUGAACAAAACUUUGUGUAAAAUACAAUUAAGCAUAGAUAGAAGAAAAUACACAGAGUUAUUUUGUGUUGUGUAAUAUACUUCAUCGUAUUGGUAAUGUCGUUAACAAGUGCAGUCUUAAUUAGGAGCAGGAUGAAUAGCUCCACUCCCAACAAUUCCUCAUCACCAUCGACAUGGAUGCGGUUAUUGCAGUUACUGUUGAUGUUGCUUCUGUUUUGGAUGUGCUUAACUGUCGUUGAUUGUGCUGACGGUUUUGAUGCGGUUUCACAGCCUUCUGCUGGGGAUAUCAACUAUAACAACAGCACCCACAACAAUGUUGACAUGCAUGACAACUAUGACAACUUCAACCAACUGACAGCCAACAAUGAGACAAGGGUAUUGAGACGCGGCAAACGUUACCUGGAGUUCACCAAAGGUUCUCGUAUGUCGUGGCGUACCAAUGGCAAAAACAAUCUCUUCAAAAUAAACACAAUCUUCUCUUAUGGUUAUGGCUUUCGCGCCAAUUAUCCAUUUCCCGAUCCCAAGGAUCAACGCAAGAGGAAUCGAGUUCUAUUCAAGCGCGAUUUGUUUUCAAAACUUGAGUCUGCUUUAGAUGGCCAUGGAUUUGAUGGACGUGCGUGUUUGUUAAAAUCUUUCUGCACCGCACUUUAUGAUGUUGAUAAGCCUCAGCAAAAGAGCGGCAUGUUGUUUAAGCUACUUAAGCUAAUAUUCAGACGGCAAAAGCGAUUUCUGGACAUAAUAGAGACAAGUCGAAUAUUUGUGGGUAUAACAAAUUGAGUAGCAUUUCGCGUUAACGUCAAGAACAAUGUGAUAGCGUCCCCAGUAAUUUGGGCACAUGGUUAUGGCUUUCGCGCCAAUACUCCCAUACUGGUGAAGCGUGAGAAUCGACCCUUCAGAAGGGAUACCUACGGACUGGUGCACGAGCUCAUGGAGCGUAGUGGUUUCGAUGGUCAGGCGUGUGUACUAAAGGCAUAUUGCACUGCUUUGGCCGGAGAACAUGGUCAGGGUUUCUUGUUUAAAUUAUUGAAGUACAUGUUUGUCUUGGACGAUCACGAGAAGCAUCACAUGCCUUAUCUGCGAGAAGAGAACUGCCAGCAAAUCUUACACAGCCAUUGUCCCCUGAGCUUCGAUAGCAUUUCUCCCUAUACUGACGAUGUAUGAAAGUAAUUUCUGUCUGUACUUGAUGUGAAAAUAAAUUUUGUUUGCG